AUGCGUGAAGCAGUGCGUAACUACGUGCGGGCAUGCGACGUCUGUGCACGGGUAAAACCACUGAAUCGUAAACCUGAAGAUCGGAUGUGCACCAGGAUCCCACGUCAACCUUGGGAGGUACUGAGCAUCGAUCUUAUGGGUCCGUACCCGCGGACGCAGCGGGGUAAGACGACGAUUUUGGUAGUAACAGACUGCUACAGUCGCUGGGUAGAGGCCUACCCUUUAGGAAAGGCGACGACCAAAGCGAUUGUGGAUACAUUCGAACGGGAGUUGUUCCCACGGUUCGGAUACCCGAGGGCAUUAUUGUCAGAUAAUGGCCCGCAGUUCGUGUCCAAGGCAAUGGAGAGGCACUCAAGAAGUGGGGAGUGGAAGGUUGGACGACUCCAAUAUACCACCCACGUGCCAACCCGGUAG